AUGAAACCAGGAAGUUCAAACGUGAGACGUCGUCGAUCGGCAAACGUCACAAAUUUUGAUGAUAAAACAAAAUGCGGUUCACCAUCGUCGAAUCCGGUGGUUGUUGGACAAUGUAAAAAUAUUCAUUCUGAGGUUGAAAUUUUUCCAACGGAACUCAUGAGAAGUCCUUUGACUUCAAUCAAAAGAAAAAGUUUAAAUAACGAUGCGGGAGGAGGAGGGAGCAUUUUAUUAACGGAUGAUAAAAGAAAACAACAAAAUGAAAAAUCUCUGAAGUUGAAUGUUCGUUUGGAAAACGGUAGAAUACUUCCCGGCGGUAGCAAAUCCGAUUCUUCUUAUUCGAGUCAACAACAGAAAGAAGGUACGAUGACGGUUAGAAAUCACGGUAGGACUACGACGGCGAACACGAAAUCCAUGGAUGUUGCCACUCGUGCAGAAAUAUUAGCGGCUUCCACAUUGAAAAUGAUCAGUCGAUUAGAUGAAAUAAAUAAAAAAAGUAAAAAAACUCAGGGAAAUACAACGGGGAAAGGAGUUUUUCAAAGGUUGUCGUCCUUAGAAAAACAAUCUUCGCCCUUAAAUUCUGUGAUAUUAAACGAUUGUAAAAAUGUCUGCGGUUCGAGUAAGGAAAAAGAAUCGUCGCCGCAAAUUGAAAAUGUUAAAAUCCCAUUUUCUAAUAGUUCUGUAAGAAAUUUAGUUUCGCCGAAUAGAAAAAUUUCAUCCGUGCAAUCUCGGAUCAAAUCGGAUGUGUUCAAUAAUAGAUCUUCGUCUUUGUUAUCGACGUCAAAGCUGAAUAGAUCCACGUCAUCGGCAAGAGAAUCGCCAAAAUUUGACGACUUAAAACCGAAUAGAAAAGCCAAAGUUGAAAAUAAUUACGUGAAACCGUCGUCGAUAUUAAAAAAUAAAACGACUCAGUCGAUUUCGAAAAUCGAAAACAAACAAAAGGAAAAAGGAAAACCGGUUUCGAUAUUGAAAAGAAAAUCUUUUUCACUCGACGAUGAAACGCAUUCGAAUUCACCGCCGCCCGUGACGUUUUCUCCGUCCGCAAUAAAAAAAGAUUGUUCGGAUUCUAAAAAACAAGGGAUACUUAAAAAAAGAAGGAGUUUAGACGAGAGCGAAGUUUUAAGAAAGAGAAGCAAUUCCUCCGAUGCGAAUCUAACGGAUUUUAAAUCGAUAUUGAAAAAUCAAAGGAGAUCUUCGAUGGAAGAAUUGAGAAGAAGAUCUCGUUCGCCCGAGGCGGGAAUCCCUCAGGGGAUUUUAAAACGAAAAUGCAGUAAAGAAGAAGAAUUUGAGGAUGUAACAACGAACGUCGGAUUAUUCGUCGAACCUCAGGGAAUAUUAAAGAAAAAAUUGAAUCCCAUCGUUAAUUCGUUUCAACCUCACGUUAAAAUAUCGGAUAAUGUUAUUCUUGCCGCGACGGAAGGGAUCUCCGACAUACAACUGACGUCGGAUAACGUCAGACCGAUAUUGAAGAAAAAAUCAUCUUCUGAAGAACACAGCACUUCCGAUUUAUCACUUGCCGAACUUCCCAAAUCGAUAUUGAAGAAAAAAUCAAGUUUGGAGGGAGAAGACGGAGAGGAAAAACCCAAGAAACCCAUUUUGAAAACGAGUUCUAGAAUACCUUCUUUGGAAGAUGCGGAAGAAUUUAAAAUUCGGAAAAGUUUACUGUUUUCGAAUUUUGACGUGGAACCAGCCAAACCCAUUUUAAAAAGAGAAAACAGCCGUUCGAAAAUGUUUGAUUUUUUCAACGGAAACCACGAUGAUGAUGAUGAUGAUGAUGAAAUUUCAUUAAACAUAAGAAUACUUAACAGGCCGCGUUCAUUAUCGGAAGCAACGACCAACCACGUGACCGACGUUUUCGUUAAAAGAAGAUCUUUGGAAUUUCAACCUUUUUACGUUAAAAAUUUCGAGGAGGAAUUUAAAAAAACAGAAGUGGAACCUUUGAAAAAAACACAUUUGAAAUUUGAAGACGUGAAAAAUCCGAAUCUUGAAUCCGGGGAUCCGGAAGUUUUUCUUCGGGAUUCCGAAUCCACCAAUCAAGAAGGGAUUGAUAAUCUUCAUUCCCCACCUUCUGCCGCAGAUAAUGUUUUAUAUUCGGAUUCAUCGGAUGUCAAUCAAUCGAAUUUUUCCGAUUCUGAUGUUGGCAAAACCGUGGAUGAUCCACUCGAACAAGUACCGGAUGAAAAAAGGUAA